AUGGCGGACAACUCGUUGCAAUCCCUGCCGUUUUCAACUGGUUCAAGACCACGCAGAGGCUCUGGCGUCCGGACUCAAGCAGAGCCUGGUGACACAUCCACCAUCAACCGCCAUAAGCCAUACGUCGACCUCUCACCAACAAGUCAGCUUCGUAGAAGCGGACACCUCAGAGAAAUUCAGCAACACUGGGGUAUGGAGACAGUGGAGGAUUGGUUUCCACGACGCUACCGCCCUGGCCAGCUGCCGGAAGAUCCCCGUGACUGGAGCGAAUCCUAUCUCCUCAACUUCUCAAAGCUGGCCAGAUUGACAGCAGGCAACAUUGAUCUAGCUGUCAGACUUCUAGCCAGGGCCGCAAGAAAAUAUCGAAGCCCGGGCAAUGACAAGCUCUGUGCAGAUGACAUCGAGCUGGCAAGUGAUGAACGCUUGAAAGAAAUUGGGGCAGAGAUGCAUGGAAGACGAGAAAGCGUCCAAACUACCGGAAAACGCGAUCGUUCAAGAGAUUCAGACAAGAGCGACAUCAACGAAGACUCCUCGAAGCAAACAGACAGGCCAAGGAAGCGUUCGCGUCAUGCAGUCCUGACCAGUUCUGACAACGCAGAUCAUUCAGACGCGCUGCAUGACUCGCAGGAUGAUGAUGAUCAAGAUCAAGAUCCUUCUCGAGUCUUCAACAACGCGCCAGAGCACGGAACCGAUCAAGACCAAGUAAUCGGCACUACCGAAUCCCAGAACCAAGCCGACGCAGACGAGGAGGUUUCCCGUGCAGACUUCCAGCUUGUUCGUGCUACACCUACUAGCGCCACGGUGGGAGGCGCACUCACGGACCUGCACACACUUGAAGAUGCCCUAUCUUUGGAAUCCCUCGUACCCGCUCCAGGCCAACUGCGACACAUGCCAAACAGACCUCUCUAUCAACUCGCCGCUCAGCGAACCACACUGUCGUCAGGCGUCCUCAUUCAGCGAGAUACCCGGUUUGGCAUGGUCCUGUACUCGCCACCUCAGACCCAUCAAGCACCUCCAUUCCAUGGAAGUCAAGGAGGUCCGCCACCACAAGGAGGACCACCUCCCAACCAAGGUGCUUCUUCUGCGCAGCCCAACACAGGUCAAAGGAACCCCGGUGACAGGUUCACACAAGCCUUGCAAUAA